AUGGAUCGGAUAAUAUUGCUAAUUGACAUGGAUUGUUUCUACGUUCAAGUAGAACAAAAAGAGCAACCAGAUACAGUUGGUAAACCAUGCGCUGUCGUGCAGUACAGUUCCACAAAUGCCUCUCUCAUCGCUGUGAGUUAUGAAGCACGUGCCAUAGGUGUGACUCGGAACAUGAGGGACCAGAUUGAGCGCGCGAGCAUUGAUGAAGCCUACAUUGACGCCACUGAGCUCAUAAACAAGGCAAACACUGAUGAUUCUUAUACCGGUGUUGCCCUAGACCGCUGUCAUUUGGUUGUCGAUCCUUCGCUAUUUAACAAGCUAAAAGCCGCUCUCAAACUUGCCCAAACGAUUAAAGAUGCAAUUUUGAAGGACACCUCAUACCGAUGUUCGAUUGGUGUUGCUGCCAACAGAAUGCUUGCGAAAAUUGCAUGUUCGUUGAACAAGCCAAAUAAAAUCACUGUUGUGCCCUCGGAAUCCGCCCAACAUCUCCUGAAUUUUACUCCGAUAAAAAAGGUGCCCAAUCUUGGCGGAAAAUUAGGGGACGAUGUUUCCAAGCGCUUCGACUUGAAAUUUUUCGGGGCUCUGAGCGAAAUUCCGCGUGAUAUUCUACUGGAAGAAUACGGCGAGAAGACUGGGUAUGUGCUCCUUCCGCCGUGCUUAAUUCAAAUGCUUGCGGUUUACUCUUUCGUAAGUUUGUUCGAAUACAUGUUUCUCGCCAAACCCAUAACCUAG